AGAGCGCUUCAUGUCUUCCAGCUACUCUGUGCGGAGCUUCUCCGUGGGCCGACAGCCCUCCUUCUCCAGCCUGUCGCUGAGGGACAGCGGGCGCAAGCGCUCCGUGGCCGCCGCCGUCUCCUUCUCCAGCCCGCUGACGCGCUCGGCCUCGGUCAGCCAUGACCUCCACGCGCUGUCCCACAACGGCCUGGGCAACAGCACCAACGAGAAGGAGGCCAUGCAGAGCCUCAACAGCCGGCUGGCCAGCUACCUGGACAAGGUGCGCACGCUGGAGCGCUCCAACGCCGAACUGGAGCUGAAGAUCAAGAAGCUGAUGAUCGACCGCGUGCCCAAGGGCCACGACAUCGAGAGCAUGAUGGCCCAGGCCCACGCCCUGGAGCAGGAGCUGAGGAAGAAGACACUGGAGAAUGCUCGACUCAUGCUGGAGAUUGACAAUGCCAAGCUGGCUGCUGAUGACUUCAGGAUCAAAUGGGAAGCAGAGAGUGCCAUGACCCAGUCUGUGGAGAGGGACUGCAUAUCCCUGAAGAAGGCCAAGUCCGACCAUGACCAGAUCAAUGCUAGUUUGCGGGGUGACCUGGACAGCCUGAAGGAGGAACUCUACUUCCUGAAAAAGAACCAUGAGGAGGAAUUGGAUACAUGGAAAUCUCGCAUUGCAAGAGAGGAGGUGAACGUGGAGGUGGAUGCGGCACGCGGACCCGAGCUGGGCGAUGUCCUGUCUGGCUUGAGGUCGCAGUACGAGGGCAUCGUCCACAAGAACAAGGAGCAGGCGGAGCACUGGUACCGCAAGAAGCUGGAGAACGUGCAAACGGAGGUGAGAGAGAGCAACGAGCAACUGCGCAACGCCCAGAACGAGCUCAGCGAGCGCCAGCGCUUCCUACUGACCCUGGAGGUGGAGCUGGAGAGCCUGCACAAACAGCUGUCUACUCUGGAGGGAAACCUGGGGGAGACCGGGCAGAAGUACGCCCUGGAGAUGGAUCGCCUGCAGACCACGCUCUCCCAGCUGGAGGACGACCUGUCACAGCUGCGCCUCGACAUGCAGCGCAACAAGACGGACUACGAGCAGCUGCUGCGCAUCAAACAGAACCUGGAGAUGGAGAUCGCCACGUACAGGAGGCUGCUGGAAGGAGAGGAGGGGAUGAAAGAGGUCCCUCCACCGAAAAAGGAGCCUGAUGUUAGAACCAGGAAGAUUGUGAAGGUGGUCACCCAGACUAUGAUCAAUGGUAAAGUGGUGGAUGAAUCGAGUGAAGUUGAACAGAUCGAGGAAACCAAGAAGUGAGGACAGCCACUCUCUUGCCCCCUAGCCCCUUAGAAAAAAGGGGGUCCAACUGCAAGACUGCAGGAUACACACGCACGUGCGCGUGCGCACACACACACA